AUGACGGACGACUGUUUAACUCCCAUGGAGACUAUUGAAGGCACACCAAAGCGUACUUGUUUCUUAGCUCCACCAAGUUUAAAACGUAUUGUACUGAAUCCACGGGCUUAUAUGACACCAUUUAUUGGGUUUAUUAUUUUUCAUCAUUUACCCAUUUUCUUGGCCUAUGGACUUAUUGAUAAACCAAAUGAAGGCUAUGACAAUUGCGAUCGAUUGAAAGAACUCUUUUGCUGGCUUUAUAUUUCCUUUCUAUUUCAUCUUAUCCUUGCGAUUAUGAUGUUUGCUGCGGUCAUUUAUACUCUCUCAACUCGUGUCUAUCACGAACGUCGACCUGAGGGAUGGUUGAUUCUCACUAUCUUUAUAAGCUGUUGGGUAAAUCUUGGUUGGACCAUAUAUGGAGAAAUUGAUUUUCGUACAGACACAAGUGUUUGUGGCGAGACAAAUUGGGAACAAGUUCAAGACCGUGCUGACUCGAUUGGGUACUUUCAACAUUUUGAUUUUGUAUUUACACUCUGUAUUAUCAUAGCUGGAGCAUGUACUUCGUACAUGUGUGGCGUACAUAGUGGAGAUAAUGCUGCAGAAGCCGAAAAACGCUGGCAGAAACGUUGUUUAUGUUGUUUUCGUACUUUUAGCUGCCAUAAAACGGUGGAACACGAAGGAGAUGACGAUAUCUUUGAAUCACUAGGACGAGUAUUAGGCAAAUUCUUUGUUGUAAGGUACAAGACAAACCGGUACGAAGGUCUAAGUUUCACUGACUUGAAAUUCAGUUUGGAUCUAGUAUCAAAAGUACAGAAGAAAGAACGAGAGUAUGAGAAAGAAAAGAAUGCAGAGCUGGCAGCUCAAGGUAUUCCCACUGUAGAGCAUUUUGCCCCUGAUGAAGAAGUCAAGCGGCUCAGUGACUUGGCAUUUUAUUGUAGACUGGCUAUUGGGAUUUACGGUUGGCCAAUUUACGUCUGGUAUUCGCCGUGCUACUGGUUUCGGAUCUUUGGGUGCUUCAAAAAACCCGUAGACGACCAAGUGUUUGAGCACGACAACUUUCUGCAUGGUAACCGUGCCAGCUUUGUUAAUUAUACUGGUGUCAAGGAAUCGGAUCUUGUGUACCUUAAUUGUCGCAACUUUGUGUUCCAGGCACCGUACUGCAUUGUCCGAGACAAGCAACGUAAAGAGCUCAUCAUCAGCGUGCGCGGCAGCAUGUCUUUCUACGACUUUGUGACGGAUGGAUUGGCGCAGAUUGUGCGUAUGGAACCCAAUGAGCUCCCGUAUGAUAUUCCUUAUGUAUUUGACACUUGGACGCACUAUGGCAUGCUUCACACAGCACGCCAAAUAUUCAAAGACCUUCAGGAGGGCACCCGAAAGGCUGUUUUUUGGGAUUUUGCGAUGGCAAACUGCUCGGUAGGAAGACUGACGGAUGAUGACGAAAUUGACUGGACGAUUGUGGUCUGCGGGCACUCGAUGGGUGCUGGCGUUGCUUGCAUCCUUGCAGUCUUGCUACGCAAGGUAUUUCCAAACACAAGGGCAUUCUUGUACGCGACACCGCCGCUUUUUGACGCUGAGACAGCAGCUUGGACCAAAAAAUUUGCAACGACCGCAGUGUAUGGCGAUGAUAUCGUGCCACGGUUGUCUAUCUCAAACAUGGCGAAGCUUCGUGACGAGAUGGCUAUACAUUAUGAUGCCGUGGCAAAUGAGCCGCUGUUCAAGGUCAAGUUCGGUAUUCACGGCAAAUUGAAAGACCUGAAAGAAGAUCGCCAGCAACCAGUGGCAGCAGUGGGCCCACGUCAAAGCAGCCGUGAAGUCCUCGGUCACCUUCCCACUGUGCUAGAAAAUAUGCGUUCGAUGAACACUCAAACGACAGCAAUGGAUUCAAGCUCGAGCUCUGUCGUCAAUUCGUUUACCAAUGGCUCACCAACGCCUACUGAUGUGUGGAACUCGCGUCAUAGUCUCAUAAGUCGUCCUUCUCGCAAUCUUAGCAACGCCACCAUGAUCACACUUCCACAGGAAGACUCGACACAAGAAGUGGAUGUACCCGGUGAGAUUGUUCACAUCCAGACUGUAAAAAUGGCGCGUCGCUGCGGGUGUACAAUGUUUCUAGGCGAGCAGAAGUUGCAGUAUACACUACGCGACGCAAGUUAUUUCCGCCGUAUCUGGGUCACACCGCGCGCACUUCAGGAUCACAUGGUACACCACUACGAUCGGACUAUCCGGUAUCUCGUGAACAAGUGCAUGGACUUUGAGACACCCGUGGCAGCACACCGUCCUAGUGCAAGUGAAAGUGUCAGUGCAAGUGCUACAGACUCUUGGGUUGAUGAUACCGAUCAUUGUGAUAAAGGAAAGAGUCCGAGUACACCUGAAAUCAGCUACAAUGAGCUUGCACCUAUUGUAUAA